UGUGUCCUAUGGCGUUCUAAAAUGGAGGAUUGGAUACAAUAAAAUGGUUUUGGUUAGUCUUUUUCGUACAUGGAAAAUUGGCGUUGACGUCGCAAGAUGGCUGAUCUGUUUGCUAAGGUUAGUUGUACUUAUUGUCAAGAAGAAAUAAAUGGUGUUCGAGUACAAUGCUGUGUUUGCCCCGAUUUCGAUAUUUGUCUGCAGUGUUUUUCAGUAGGCGCAGAAAUAGGAACUCACAGAAAUGAUCAUUCAUAUAAAUUUGUGGACCAUUGUGCCGUCAGUAUAUUCGGUGGAAGGGGAGCUUGGACUGGAAAAGAACAGCUUCAAUUGCUUGAUGCUGUAGAAUUAUAUGGAUUUGGUAAUUGGGAACUGGUCAGUCAACAUGUCGAAACAAGAACCCCUGAAGAGGUAAAAGAGGAAUAUAUUGCACGGUACCUUGAUGGAAACAUAGGGAAAGCAACGUGGGCCCAACUGACUAAUCAUAGACCCGUUUUGGUAGAUCACGUACCAAACGAUGACGGGCCUCUUUCACCUUCUGUUACUUCAAGACUGCCUCCACUCGAGGCAUCACUUGAAGAAGCCAGGCUUUUGGGAUACAAACCACAUAGGGAUGAUUAUGAAAGGGAAUAUAAUAUGGAAGCAGAACAGCUUGUUUCUACUUUACAACUGGAUCAGGAAGAAGACACUGAAAUGGAAGUUGCUUUAAAGCUGGCGAUGGUGGAUAUGUACACUAGAAGAUUGAGAGAGAGGGCGAGACGGAAAAGGAUUGUCAGAGAUUAUCAGUUGGUUGCCAAAUACUUUGGAAAUCUAAGGAAGGACCCCAGUAAGAGACCUUUUUCCAAGGAGCAACGGGAGCUUCGAGACAAAACGAGAGUUUUCUCUCAGUUUCUGUCGUCAGGAGAGCACGAAAGACUUUUAGCCAGUAUCGAGAGAGAGAGGGAGCUGCGCCACAGGCUCUCGGAACUCUUGAGGUACCGCAGCCUCGGUCUGACCACCCAGGACGAGAUUAUCCAUUACGAACAGCACGCGGCCUACGAACGGCAGCAGCAGCUCAAACAGAGCCGAUCUGGCAGCAGUGGCUAUGCAAUGCAGGAGUUCCCAACAAAAAACGGAAGAAGCGACGAAACAGACCAAAGUUUCACAGAAAGAAGAUCCAUGUUGCUUCUCGACGAAGAGCCAGAGAGCAACAGCUACUUCUCCAGCAACAGCUCGAGCUCGGAUAACGUAAUUCAGCCCGUCGCGUUAAAUAAGUUGCCCCUAGGGAACUUGCUGUCUGAAAAUGAAAUACAACUUUGCACCAGGUUAAAUAUUCAACCCGUCCAUUAUGUUACACUGAAAUCACUUAUUAUACAGGAAAAUCUGGCAAAUACGGACAAACACCAAGGCUCCUCCUCCAACUCUACCUCUCAGGAUUCGACGAUUAGGGAGGCGGUUACUCAGUACCUCAGUUACAGCGGGUGGUUACCCGGUGUUUCCGUUGUUUGAUACACAAACUUUAGUUUAUUCUAGUUCAAUUUAAUUUAUUCAUAAGAGCAAUGAUAUUUAGUGACAGAGGGAGGGUGUUGUAUGGAAAUAUUCGAUCUAUUUAUCCUUUAUGGAAUUGGAGUAUUUUGGGGGAGAAACCAUUUUUUUUUUCUAAUGAUAUUACAGUUUACCUAUCUUUAUUAUUUAGGUAUUUAAAAAAAUGAUUUAAUUGUUUGAUAUAUUUAUAUAUUUUUGUAAAAAGUUGUAAGUAAUAAUUUUACUUACAUAAAGUAUAACUUUAAAACGUUUAUACUGUGACUGGUGCUGCGACACGUAUUUCCGCAAGGUUGUAUUUCACGAAAAAGACGCACCGUUUUGGAAAAUAAACUAUUUCCUAUUUGUGAUCUAUUCUUAUGAUGAUUUAAUUUGCAUUUUUCGUAUUGUUAAUUUAAUUAUAAGUACCAUUGAUAGAGACUGUUUGUACAUAUUAAGGUUUAAUAUUAUAAGUUUACAAAUAUAAAAUUUGAGAUUU